UUAGUAUUCAUGAGCUACAUCCAAAAAUCAUAAGAAGAAAAACUACAAAACUUGUCUACCCACUUUUCCCCCAAAAGUAUAUACAAUAUAUAUAUACACACACAGUUGCACACACAUAUACAUAUAUACAACCUCUGUGAAUCUCCAUUUCUGAUUCUCUCUCAACCCCUCCAAAAUGAACGGUGACCAGACAACAGAUAUCUCAGAUGAAAACAAAACCCCUCUGCUUCCAACCCACGACCCAAUCAAACGGCCACAGAGCUUCAAUUCAUUGGUCAAAUCAGUGUUCACACUCAGCCAUUUCUUCAUUCUCUUGGGACCACUUUUGAGCACCAUUAUAUGCCUGUGGGUUAAGGUAGAUGGUCCGGCGACUAGCCGGAACAUGCUGGCCGUCAUGACUUGGGUCUUCGCCUGGUGGCUCACCGACGCUGUGCCCAUGCCUAUAACAUCAAUUUCGCCCCUCUUUCUCUUUCCUUUGUUCGGCAUAUCAUCUGCUGAUCAUGUUGCCAAAUCUUAUAUGGACGAUGUGAUUGUGCUGCUCCUUGGAAGCUUCAUACUCGUUCUUGCAGUGGAGCAUUACAACAUCCACAGAAGAUUGGCCUUGAAUAUAACACUACUAUUCUGUGGUGAUCCACUCAAUCCACCACUUCUCCUACUAGGAAUAUGCGCAACGACGGCGUUUGUGAGCAUGUGGAUGCACAACACUGCAGCAGCAGUGAUGAUGAUGCCUGUGGCCACUGGAAUUUUACAUCGAUUGCCAUCUGGGCCCAACCAAUCGGAGGUGGUGGGUAAAUUCUGCAGAGCCGUGGUGCUGGGGGUGAUAUACUGUGCGCCAAUAGGAGGGUUGAGCACGCUCACCGGGACAGGUGUCAACCUGAUAUUGGCGGGAAUGUGGAAGAGGUCCUAUCCAGAAGCAGACCCCAUAAGCUUCAACACAUGGUUCUUCUUUGGCUUUCCUUUGGCUCUAUUGAUUUUCUUUGCUCUGUGGGGUAUACUUUGUUUGUUGUAUUGCUCAAAGGGCACUUCUCAGGCUCUCUCUGCUUAUUUGGACAAAGCCCAUUUGAGGAGGGAGCUUCAAACCUUAGGUCCAAUGGCUUUUGCUGAGAAGAUGAUAUUGGCUGUGUUUUCGAUGCUAAUAGUUUUGUGGAUGACAAGGAGCAUAGCUGAUGAUAUUCCCGGUUGGGGAGCUCUCUUUAACGGGCGUGCUGGGGACGGAACUGUUAGUGUGAUGAUGGCAACCUUAUUGUUCAUAAUUCCAAACAAGAAGCAAAAGGGAGAGAAGAUAAUGGAUUGGAACAAAUGCAAGAAGUUGCCAUGGAACAUCAUUCUGCUGUUAGGUGGUGGUUUUGCAAUAGCUGAUGGAGUCCAGUCGAGUGGCCUGGCCCAUGUGCUAUCAAAAACCCUAGAUUUCUUGGAGAAUGCCCCAUACUUAGCCAUAGCCCCUGCAGUGUGUCUCAUAAGCGGGACCAUAACUGAAUUGAUCACAUCAAAUGAUGCCACCGCCACGCUCGUCCUGCCACUACUCAUCCAAAUUGCUCAGACCAUGCACGUGCACCCGUUGCUUCUUAUGCUCCCCGGAGCCAUUGGAGCACAAUUUGCUUUCUUGCUUCCAACAGGAACCCCUUCAAAUCUCGUAGGGUUCGCAACUGGUCACAUUGAAAUCAAAGAUAUGAUCAAGACAGGGUUGCCACUUAAGAUUGUUGGAACUGCUAUUCUUUCUAUUCUAAUGCCUACUCUUGGAGCCUUUGUUUUUGGGACAGGCAAACCAGUACAAUAGGCUUAAUUGCAAAAGGUUUGGGCACAUACAAUGAAGUGCCAGCAUUACAUGUCUUGGGGGAAGAAAAAUAACAUAUAUCACUGCAAAAAAAAGUAAUUAUAUAUGAUUUUCCGGGUCUUUAAUAUAUAUAUUUUUUUCAUUUUUUUUUUUUUUGGGGGGGGAGGAGGGGUGGGUGUUUAUUGAUAAUUUGUGAGUUGAUUUUUCCUUCUUUCUUAUAGCAAUUUAUUUGUAAAUUUGAUGAGUGCUGUGGGUUGGAAUCAACUUAAUUUAUUCAAAAUAUCCCUAUUUUCUGUGUAUUUGUAGCAUUUAAUAAGCAUAUAGUAUUUUUUUUCCUGGGUU